CGUAUUGAAAACAGAAAAAGAGCCGUUGCGUUAACGGCCGUCUCUUUCUCCAAAACCUGCAUAGUUUCUAUCAAUCGUAAGAUAUCAUCAAAGCGUUAUUGAGACUUUGCGUUUGCGCAGCGAUCUUCCUGAAAGGUCUAUCUUUUUCAUUUUUUCAAAACCCUACUUCAAAAUCUCCUCCUAUUCUCGGCCGCCGGUUAAUUACACCCACCGGCGAUACGGAACCAAAUGGCCGCCGAGGACUUUGCGAGGGCCGUGGAAGACGGCCUGAGGCUGUCGAAGCGAGUGUACUUCGGUAAAGACAGGGCGGUGGCGCCUCCGAAGCCGAUGGUCGAGAUGGAGAAGUCGUUGAAUUCGUACCUCCCGACGGCGCCGAUGGUUUACGCUGUGAUCUUUGAUCCGGAGAUCGUGGAUAAUCCGGAUAUAGCCAGCUACCAGCCUCACGUGCAUGGGCGGUUGGAUCCUCCGGCUUUGCUUCCGCUUCAGAUGAACGGAAUCGCGUUGGAGGCCGAUUGUUAUCUGGACACGGCGUUCCUGACGAUUACUGGAUCAUGGAGAGUUCAUUGUGUCAUGGGAAGCCGUCACUGUGAUUGUCGCGUUGCAAUUCCAAUGGGCGAACAGGGUUCAGUUCUAGGUGUGGAGGUUGAAGUACCUGGGAAAUUUUAUUGUACCCAACUGAUUGCCAUGGAUGAAAAGCAGGACCUGGAAAAGGUAGCCAAAGCUGAAGAUGGAGGCUUUUUGAAACCCCAUAUAUUUACUUUUACAAUACCCCAGAUUGAUGGGGGGUCCAAUCUUUCAAUCAAAGUUAGUUGGUCUCAAAAAAUAUUACAUCAAGAUGGUCAAUUCUCCUUGAAUGUACCAUUUAGUUUCCCCGAGUAUGUCGUUCCUGCUGGAAAGAAGAUUUCCAAAAAAGAGAAGAUACAACUGAAUGUUAACUCUGGCCCUGGAACUGAAUUGCUGUGUAAGACGGCUAGUCAUCCUCUAAAGGAACUACGGCGCCAAGUGGGGAACUUGCGUUUCUUAUAUGAAUCAGAAGUUCUUACAUGGUCAAGUAGCGAUUUCAAUUUUUCAUACAUAGUUUCUUCAAGUAAUGUAUUUGGCGGUGUGCUUUUACAAUCUCCAUCUGUGCUUGACACUGAUCAAAGAGACAUGUUCUGCUUCUAUCUUUUUCCAGGAAACGAGCCAAGUAGGAAGCUUGAGGUUUUCAAAAAGGAAGUGGUGUUUGUUGUUGAUAUAAGUGAAAGCAUGCGGGGAAAGCCACUUGAGGUUACAAAGUAUGCAUUAUCUGUGGCACUCUCAAAGCUUGGUCCAGAAGACUCAUUUACUAUAAUAGCCUUUAAUGGAGAGACUUACCUAUAUUCCUCAUCUAUGGAGUUGGCAACCAAGGACGCGAUUGAAAAUGCCACUCAGUGGAUUAGCAUGAACUUCAUUGCAGGUGGUGGUACAGAUAUUUUGCUUCCCCUUAAUCAGGCAAUAGAAAUGUUAUCCAGUACUCGCAAUGCUAUUCCUCUGAUUUUUCUCAUCACUGAUGGGGCUGUUGAAAAUGAGAGGCACAUUUGUGACGUUAUGAAAAGUCAUCUAACAAAUCGAGGAUCAAUAUGCCCACGUAUCCACACCUUUGGCAUAGGUACAUUCUGUAAUCAUUAUUUCUUGCGAAUGCUUGCAAUACUUGGCAGGGGCCAUUACGGAGCUGCUUAUGAUGUAGAUUCAAUUGAUAUUCGAAUGGAAGGAUUAUUUUCCAGAGCUUUGUCUACUAUUCUUGCAAAUAUAGCCAUUGACACACUGGAAAACCUUGAUGAACUUGAGGUGUAUCCUUCUCGUAUUCCAGACCUUUUAUCUGAAAGCCCAUUGAUUGUGUCAGGCAGAUACCAUGGAGACUUUCCUGACACCCUCAAAGCUAGAGGUGUCCUCGCAAAUAUGAGCAAUUUUACUAUUGACCUGAAAGUACAACAGGCGAAGGACAUACCUCUUAAUAAGGUACUUGCAACGCAACAGAUUGAUGUACUCACAGCUCAGGCAUGGUUUUCAGAAAAUAAAGAGCUUGAUGAGAAGGUACUUGAAAAGCAACAGAUUGAUGUAGUCACAGCUCAGGAAUGGUUUUCAGAAAAUAAAGAGCUUGAUGAUAAGAUAGCCAAAUUGAGCAUACAAAGCGGUGUGGUGUCUGAGUAUACCCAUAUGAUAUUGCUCGAGACUCAGAGAGGGAAGAAAGCCACCGAAUCAACUGGAGUGCAGCAGGUAAGCAGCAAAAGUGAUUCCCAGAAGACGGACUCUACAAGCCAGAAAAUUUCGACAUUAGCUACCUUUCAAGUUGGCUUUGGCAACUUGAAAGCAACUGCUGAAAACAUUCCUCCUGGAUUUGAAGAACCAAAAUCGCCCGACCGUGGUGAAAUUUUAGCUAUGGCAGCUUCCAACUGUUGUGGCAAGCUCUGCGGCCACUGUUGUUGCAUGUGCUGCGUCAACACAUGUUCGCGGAUGAACGACCAAUGCGCAAUAGUACUCACACAGCUCCUUGGUGCCCUAGCAUGUUUAGGUUGCUUAGUUUGUUGUGAUACGUGCUGUUCUGGACGCGAUGGAUGACAAAGCCAAAACUAUGAGAUCUUUCAGGUUCUUGUUCUAUGCAGUGAUAAUAUUCAUGUCUGUAUAUGAAAAGGGUUGCAUUUUUCUUAAUAUAUUCAUUUAUUUUUCACUGGAUCGGCUUGAUUUAAAUGCCUUCAAUAACUGAAGUCUCUAGACCCAACGAGUCUCGGAAAUAUGAAAGAUGAAGAAGAAGAUUUGCAGGAAUGAGGAUCCAUCGGAACUCUCCCACUGAAGAUCCACAAGGGUUCAGCGCAUUGGAAGAUUUGCAGCAAGGAGGAUCCUUUGGAGCUACAUGACGCUCAUUGGGACUUCAAAUCCAUUAUUUAUCUUUAGUUUUGAUUUUGUAUACAACAUUUACAAACCCAUUUUUUCACCCAUUCAAAAUCUUACCACCUUCCUAGUGUGAUUUAAAACUGUAUAAUAUUUAGAAAUUUCAAUC